GUCGAUUGACAAUGGUUCGGGGAUCUACAUGCAGUAAGCCCUUUUUGUUUCCUGGAACAAAUAAGCAAUCAUUCACUGCCAGAAUCGCGAGUCGAGGAAGGGCUUCCAGUCUGGUUUGGCUUUGUUUCAAUAUACAUCAGUGGCUCAGGGAUCGUCCGGCGUAGGAGAAAGAUGAGAAAACUUGCAGCCGCCGUGUGGACGGUUCUGGUCGUCGCGUUUCGGUUCCUGCCGGGGCUGGCUCUCCCGUCCACGUCACCUGCGUUUCUCUGGUCAGCUCACCAAGAUGGAUCUUUGAGCAAUGGAGUGAAGGAAGCAGUUAAUUAUCAAAUACUCUCUUCGAAAGAUCUAGCCAAGUCUGUACUUUCUGAAGGGGGCUGGUCAGACUUACUGUGUGGGGAGAAGGAAUCUCAACUGCCUAUGGAUCUUGCAAUUCUUUUUGUUGGGAGAGAGUUACAAUCCUCGGAUAUUUCUGGAGCAAAAGAUACGGACUCAGCACUUGUUGACUUACUCAAGGUCUCUUACACAAAGGCUAACUUUUCUUUGGCGUUCCCCUAUGUUGCUUCAUCGGAGGAGGCAAUGGAAAAUUUGAUGAUUUCAGAAUUUAGAGAAACCUGUGGGCAUAAUUUUAAAUCCAGCAAAGUUGCUGUCAUGGAGUCUUGUUCUUUAGACAGUGGCAAUUAUGAAAAACUUGCAGAUUUUCGCACAGCCCAUGACUAUCUGGUUUCCAUGAAAGAGCAGAGACAGGAUGGGCAAGCAGAUCUUGUCAUAUUCUGCCAAGGGAACUCACAUUCUGAAGGUCAAACUUUCUCUGAACUUAUCAGUUCUGUGGAGCAGUCUGGGGCUAGAUAUUCCGUUCUCUAUGUUUCAGAUCCGUUUAGGUCGAUUGAAUAUCCUUCUUAUAGGGAGGUACAAAGGUUUCUUGCAGACAGUACUGCUGGAAGUGAAUCAGGCAAUGGCACUUGUGAUGGAGUUUGUCAGAUAAAAUCAUCCCUCCUGGAGGGAACCUUAGUUGGGAUUGUUUUGCUUCUGAUCCUUAUAUCAGGCCUCUGUUGUAUGAUGGGUAUUGACACUCCUACUAGGUUUGAAGCCCCCCAAGAGUCUUGAUUUGUGAUUGUUUGCACAAAAGUAACUUUCUUAUUGUGGUGCUGAUGAGAGAUCAGUCGCUUGUCACAUAGUUUCAGUGGCCAAACGCAACCUUGUAUUAUUAUUGCCAAAGGUUAUUUUCAUCGACCCGACUUCUUGUUAACUUUGUUGUUAUUGUAUUCAUUUUUGUGUUGGUGCCUUCCAUAAGUCGAUGAACCACAACUCAUCUUUUUCUUUUCCUUUAUUAGGAACAACCUUAAACAUGCAGUAUUUUAAUUACAUAUGAUUGCCUUUUAUGCAA